CCGGGGCAGGGGCGUGGCCAGAGCGGGGGGCGUGCCCAGGGCGGCGGCCCAGGAUGGCGGCGGCGCGGCCGUGGCCGCUGCUGCUGCUGCUGCUGGCGGCGGGGCCGGGCCCGUGGCGGGGCCCGUGGCGGGGCCUGGGCCCGGUGCCGGCCGCCGGGUACUUCCCCGAGGAGCGCUGGAGCCCCGAGUCGCCGCUGCAGCCGCCGCGCGUGGUCGUGGCGCUGCUGGCGCGGAACGCGGCCCACGCGCUGCCCACCACGCUGGGGGCGCUGGAGCGGCUGCGGCACCCGAAGGAGCGGACGGCGCUCUGGGUGGCCGUGGACCACAGUGAGGACAACACGACGGCGCUGCUGCGGGAGUGGCUGCUGCGCGUGCAGGGGCUGUACCACCGCGUGGAGUGGCGGCCGGCGGAGGAGCCGCGGUCGUACCCCGACGAGGAAGGCCCCAAGCACUGGUCCCCCUCCCGCUACGAGCACGUCAUGCGGCUGCGGCAGGCGGCGCUGGAGGCCGCCCGCGCCAUCUGGGCCGAUUACCUGCUGUUCCUGGACGCUGACAACGUGCUGAUCAACCCCGACACGCUGGGGCUGCUGAGCGAGAACAAGACGCUGGUGGCGCCCAUGCUGGACUCGCGCGCCGCCUACUCCAACUUCUGGUGCGGGAUGACGCCGCAGGGUUACUACCGGCGCACGCCAGCGUACCUGCCCAUCCGGCGGCGGAGCGGCGCGGGGUGCUUCGCGGUGCCCAUGGUGCACUCCACCUUCCUGCUGGACCUGCGCAGGGCGGCCUCGCGGGCGCUCGCCUUCUACCCACCGCACCCCGACUACACCUGGCCCUUCGACGACAUCAUCGUCUUUGCCUUCUCCUGCCGCCAGGCAGGUGAGGAGCCGGGGAGGAAGGGGCAUUGGCUCGGCUUGACCUUGGCUUUGGCCUGCUUUCACCUUGGCCAUGGGUUGGUAUUGACCUUGGCCUUGGGUUGGUUUUGAUCUUGGCUUGGUCCUGCGUCAACCUUGGCCAUGAGUUGGCAUUGACCUUGGCCUUGGGUUGG